UAAAGGUCGUUCUUGCGUCAUGACGGAAACGCCCAAGCCUGCAGCUGGACCCUUCUCAGUGGUUGGAGUAUCAGAUUCUGGGUCGUCAGUAGGUGUCCACUCUAGGCAUUGUGGGUACGUUAAUGGAUUCAAGAUGUUUCAUUACAUGCUCGUCUACCUUAUGCAUUAUACUAGCAGACGGAUACCCAGCAAUGAAAGACUGAAAUUUCAAACAGUCAAUGCAAUUUGCUUGGCAUUUGUUUUGGUCCCCCAGUUCUAUGUGAUGGGAAGGCCCAAAUCCUCCAGGUACUGCCAGCAGCCUCUUCUGAACAAUCUCUCAGCUUCCCUGGCAAUGUCUAUUAUUGCGUCAGGUUUUUCAGUGUUGCUUACCGUGCUAGAGCCAGUUCCCGUGAGCUUCAGGGCUGCCUACCAUGUCUUUGGCCUGCUUUCAUUUGGCCAAGGAUUGUGCACCACCAUCCUGACGCUGACAGCCACCUCCUGUGUAAGCCAAGCCAGUCGAUGUUAUCAAAACACCCUUCCAUUUUCUCUGGAUGCGGACACAACCCCAGAGUUAUACUAUCUAUCCCUCACACUGACGGUGGCCUGCGUUGCCAGUACCACCUUCUUCGCGGUGAAGGGGGGAAUGUGGAUAAUGAAAAGCCUUCCCGUGGCUCAGUGAGCAGCAGGGCCCACAGCAAUAAACCAUUCCAGCUGUCCCAGGUUGACACCCAACCCCCUGCAUUAAUGUUUCAUGGCGUUUCCAUGCCCACCCCAACUUGGAACCUGAAACUAUAAGAGGGACUUGAAAGGAAGAGUAACAUAAGGAAUUUUACAUUUCUGCCUUGCACAUUUUGGUUAUGUGAAAAGCACACCAGACACUGUGACUUUGAAGGUUUAGUUUUAUUGAUUCUGUUUUAUUGAUAAAGUACACACAAGUUGUGUAAAGAGGAAUUGUUUCAUUUAUCCACUGCAUGCCUUACAAUUUAAUUAUUUAACAGUACAUUAACAGCUUUCUAGGGUAUUGUGUACUUUUGCUUGUGAUUUGGGCAUUUUGGUCAUGCCACCAUCUUGAACUCAAUAAAAGAGUGCCUAUUUAGGCACUCAAAAUAAA